GGCAGCCGGGCCUCGUUUCGCCGCUUCCCGCCGGAAGUGCCGGCGCGGGAGGCGGAAGUCGGUCGGUCCGUGGCCGGGGACGGGGCGGCCCGGGCGGCGGCGCGAUGUCGGCCAGCGCCGUCUACGUGCUGGACCUGAAGGGGAAGGUUCUCAUCUGUCGAAAUUACCGCGGAGAUGUGGACAUGUCAGAGGUGGAGCAUUUCAUGCCAAUCCUUAUGGAAAAGGAAGAAGAGGGGACGCUGUCUCCUAUCCUAGCACAUGGAGGAGUUCGUUUUAUGUGGAUUAAACAUAACAACCUAUAUCUUGUUGCAACUUCUAAGAAAAAUGCUUGUGUAUCACUGGUGUUCUCAUUUCUGUAUAAAGUAGUUCAGGUUUUUUCUGAGUAUUUCAAGGAGCUGGAAGAAGAGAGCAUUCGGGAUAAUUUUGUUAUUAUUUAUGAGUUGUUAGAUGAGCUUAUGGAUUUCGGUUAUCCACAAACCACUGAUAGUAAAAUUUUACAAGAGUACAUCACUCAGGAAGGUCACAAACUUGAAACUGGAGCUCCACGUCCACCUGCCACUGUUACUAAUGCUGUUUCGUGGAGAUCAGAAGGGAUAAAAUACAGGAAAAAUGAAGUGUUCCUGGAUGUUAUAGAGUCUGUUAACCUUUUGGUUAGUGCCAAUGGAAAUGUAUUACGGAGUGAGAUUGUUGGAUCCAUUAAAAUGAGAGUCUUUCUCUCAGGAAUGCCAGAGCUUCGCCUUGGUUUAAAUGACAAAGUUCUCUUUGAUAAUACAGGCCGUGGCAAAAGUAAAUCAGUAGAACUGGAAGAUGUAAAGUUUCACCAAUGUGUUCGUCUCUCUCGCUUUGAAAAUGACAGGACGAUUUCUUUCAUUCCACCUGAUGGAGAGUUUGAACUCAUGUCAUAUCGUCUUAACACCCAUGUAAAACCACUGAUCUGGAUUGAGUCUGUGAUUGAAAAACAUUCCCACAGCCGCAUCGAGUACAUGAUCAAGGCAAAAAGUCAGUUUAAGCGUAGAUCAACUGCCAACAAUGUGGAGAUUCACAUUCCAGUUCCAAAUGAUGCGGACUCGCCAAAGUUUAAAACCACAGUUGGAAGUGUCAAAUGGGUUCCAGAGAACAGUGAAAUUGUCUGGUCCAUUAAAUCUUUUCCAGGUGGAAAGGAGUAUCUGAUGAGAGCUCACUUUGGACUUCCAAGUGUUGAAGCUGAAGAUAAAGAAGGAAAACCUCCCAUUAGUGUCAAGUUUGAGAUUCCAUAUUUCACCACCUCAGGAAUCCAGGUUCGCUACUUAAAGAUAAUUGAGAAGAGCGGCUAUCAGGCUCUCCCGUGGGUUCGUUACAUUACCCAGAAUGGAGACUACCAGCUUCGAACGCAGUAAACGCCUUGCAAGCACCACAGAAGACAAAACUUCAGGCCUAGAAUUUGUUUGCAGAAACCUCUGUGGUACUGAGAGCUGUGAAUGUUGUUGCCAAGGUCUUGUUUCUACAAACAUGGAUUGUGCAGGAGAAAGAUUGGAAAUUUACUGUUUUCAAUAAUGUGUUUGAGCAUUUGAACCAUUAGUAUCGAUUGUGUGAAUAUUUAUUUCAUUCUUAGAACAUGCUGAUCUUGCUGCUAAAUGCUAAUUACAUUAGGACUAGCAGUUAUCUUGAGGAGACAGGAAUACAGAAUGAACCUUGAGAAUGUCUUGUCAAUGCCUUGUCAGUUGUACUCACAAAGUUUCUGGUAUUCAUAUUUUCGGGUCUUUAAAGACAUUGGCAGCACUGUACUACAGAUUAGAGAGAUGAUUGUGCAAUUACAUGACUGCUGAACACUUAGUUGUAUUUAGCCCAAAGUAUUUAUUUUUUUUUUCCAGGGCAUCUGGGUGCCUUAACUCAUUCAAAGCUCCGUUAACUUAUAAAGAUUUACCCAGUAUGAGUUAAAACUAUCCAAAGUCCAAAAAACCUAUUUGUGCUUUUUGCAUGAUUUUAGACCAAUUCAUCUGGAAGAACAGCUUCAAGUGGUGGGUUUGUAAACCGUUAAAAUUAUAGAUGUGUUAAAGACUAAGUUAACAGAAAACAAGAGAUCACAAAAGUAAAUAUCGAUGGGAACAUCUCUGUGGAAGCUUGAUGAUUGCUGGUUCAAAUUAGUUCAUGGGCAAACUGAAGAGUCUCAAUACAUUAUAAAAACCCCAUGCCAAUUAAGUAAUAUUUGCUUUUUCUUUGUUAGUAAAACAAAAUUCAAAACUAUAAAGUGUAGGUAUAAGACCUUAGAUUAAGUGUUUAAAAGACCAAAACAAUUGUGGAGGUGAUGAAAUUUGAUAGGAAGAUGGGGGGGGUGAGUUUUGCCAAAAAAUAGUAAUAUGCUCCAGCCUCUUCCUGACAAUUGAUUGUUACCUAUGGAGAGGCUGCUGGAAAUACAGUUACCAUUUUUCUUCCAGCUUGCCUUCAUGUCCAUUUUGGGCAAAUUGUUCCCUUUUUGCUAUAGUUCUCUAGAAUUGUCUAUUUGCCCUGAAAGGGAUGCUUGCUUUCUCAGUCUCCUCCAUUUGUAAACAACUUAUUAUAAGCUUCCUGGCAGAAUGCAGAACAAUUCAGAAUGUUAUACGUAAAGGUUUUUUGGUUUUUUUUUUUUUUUUUUGGGGGGGGGUAUUUUUUUAAACAUGCUGUUUCAUUUUUCUGAGAAGGUAAGAUUGGCAUGGGUGUACAUAGUUGUUUUGAUUUCAGAAAAAAAUUAAUUAUCAGUAUUUUCUUAAAUUUUUUAGAAUGUUUUUGUUUGAAUUUAGUACUCCUGAUGGAUGCUGAAUUUGAACCAUUGAAAGCUAAAUAUAUGCCCACAAACCUGAUGUGUAAUACAUAUAGAGUGCAAGGUUCUUAACACCUCUCUGUUGAAGAACCUUGACACUGCCACAAGGUUGAAAAGAUAUUCUGGUCAUUGUCCCCAUUGAAUCCUUGUAGAAUAUAUGUACUUAUGUAUACAGUAUAUAUUAGCAAAAAAUCAACUCAGUUCCCCUAAGAUGCAGCUUCUAUCAUGUUAUAGGAAGAUUUGUUUCAGAAAGGACCGACGUCUGAAGGUGUCUAGGUAAUAACAAGACAAUGGCUGGUUAGAUGAUCAUUGGUGUGGAAAUAUGUAUUCUGGAGUAAGUUACUGUAUUAGUCACCCAACAGGCUUUAUGUUGAAACAAAUUAAAUCAUCUUGUUCAAGAUCUUGGUUCCAGUACUCAUUUUCAUUUGAAAAAUUAAGCUUAUGACUGAACUGAACAUUUUAUAUUAAAAUUGUAACUGGUUGACAAAUUACGUAAUCCAUCUGAUUCUGUUCUUUGAACUGUUCAUUUUAAUUACUUACCUGUAAACUGUGACUCUCAAUAGCUUCAUUUGUCUUCCUGUUGAAAGUUGUAUCUUGCGGACCAGAACAGUAUUUUUCGUAUUUUUGUAGCAAUUUGAGUCUGUUUCAAUGAUGGGGCAUCAGCCCUACUCCUCCAGGAAGUAAUAAAGGGCAAAAAGGCCUCUCUGAGUCAA